CCCCCCCCCCCCCCCCCCCACUGGCUGCUGACGAAGUGGGGAAUGGAUGGGCUGCUUGGAGAGGAUAUGAAGUUAUUGAAACUUUGUGUGGCUUUAAUUUGGUUUGGUUUGGUGCAUUCGUACAAUAUUGAUUUAGAUCAUCCAGUCGUGUUUCGGGGUACCAGUGGCACUUUCUUUGGAUAUUCUGUACUGGAACAUUUUCACGACAACACACGGUGGGUACUGGUUGGAGCCCCACAAGCUAACUCUACUUACAGCUCGUCUAUUCUGUCCCCGGGAGCAGUGUAUAAAUGUCGAAUUCACAGUAAUCCGGAGAAGAGAUGUACAGAGUUAGAUCUGGGUCGAGUUGCUCAGCCGCCACCUGUUUCUAGGUCAAUAGAAAACAGUAAGCCACAUGGUCACACUAUCAUUCUGGAUCUGACCAAAAUACUGGGAUUCCCAACAUGUACUCCAGUUGGUGAUGUGUCUAACCUGAAAAUUAAUACUUACUAUUUUGUGAGAGUUCCCAAUGAUAUCCUCCAGCGGGAGGUGAAGGAUGUGAUAACCCCAAUCGUCUUUGAAGUUACCUACAACUUGGGCAAACACCUGAUUGCUGGCAAGUCUGAAAAGGAGUUUCCAGCUUUAAAACCAAUCCUGCGCUGGAGAAAGGGACAGAAGCUGGCUCAACAAAACCAGGCAUGUGCACAUCGUUGGAAGAAUAUACACUAUGAGUCAGAUCACAUCUUGCCUCAUGGAGCCUGCUACAUCAUUCCACCUAAUUUGUCCAGAAAAACUAAAGAACUGCUCCCCUGCUACCAAGAGUACAAGAAAAAGUAUGGUGAGGAACAUGGCUCUUGCCAGGCUGGUAUAGCAGGUCACUUCUCUGGGGACCUUGUUGUAAUGGGGGCGCCUGGCUCAUACUAUUGGACUGGCACUGUCAAAGUUUAUAAUCUGAAAGAUGGAAAGUAUUAUCACUUUGAGGAUUCAAUCAUUGGACCCAGCCAUUACCGUUACCUUGGAUAUGCCGUGGCUACUGGCCAUUUUACACAACCUAGUUCUUUGGAGAUUGUCGGCGGAGCCCCACAGGAUGAAGGCAUUGGAAAGGUUUACAUAUUUAAGAUUGGCAAUGGUAAACUUACAGCAAUUUUCACAAUUCCAGGAAAAGAGUUGGGAUCCUACUUUGGCUCUUCAGUAUGCGCAGUUGAUUUGAACUCAGAUGGCUACUCUGAUCUUCUCGUUGGAGCCCCAAUGUUCACAGAGAUAAGAGAUGAAGGGCAAGUAACUGUGUUCAUCAACAGAGGCAAUGGUGCACUGGAAGAACAGCAGCUUUUAAGAGGUGAUGGCACGUACAAUGCUCACUUUGGAGAUAGCAUUGGAUCUCUGGGCGACAUAGAUGAUGAUGGGUUUCCAGAUGUAGCAAUUGGAGCACCCAAUGAAAAUGAUUACCGUGGAUCUGUCUACAUUUACCAAGGAGAUGCCAAUGGGAUAGUCUCCAAAUACUCGAUGAGGAUUUCAGGGCAGACAAUCAAUCCAAUAUUGCGUAUGUUUGGCCAGUCUAUAUCAGGAGGAGUGGACAUGGAUGGAAAUUCUUAUCCAGAUGUAACUAUCGGUGCCUUCAUGUCAGACAGUGUGGUCUUAUUGAGAGCUCGUCCGGUUAUUACCCUGGAGAUCUCCAUUCUACUUCCUGACUCCAUUAACAUCACAGCUCCACAGUGCCAUGAUGGCAUACAGCCAGUCAACUGUCUAAAUGUCACCACUUGUUUCCGCUUUCAUGGCAAGCACGUCCCUGGUGAAAUAGAAUUGAUUUACAAUCUGACAGCAGAUGCACUGAAGAAACAGAAAGGCCUGCAGGCCAGGGUUUACAUCUAUGCCAGUGAACCAGUGAGCCAGAUCAUGGAGAAAAUUGAGCUGUCCUCCAGGAAAGAGAGCUGCAAGCACUACUUUGUCAUUGUCAAGGUAUGA